AUGUUCAAAUCCUUGUUUGGAGUCGGUGUUACUGGUUUUUAUGACCGUGAAAUGAAAGCAGAAUACUCUGUACCCUACAUGAUAAUCUACGUUCUGAUAAUGAUUGUUGCGUUUUUUGUGACAAGUUUUGGUAUCAGAAUCGCUUUGUCGAUAAGAAGCUACGAAAAGACAUCAAAAUUUCCAAUAUUCGUAUUGAUAGCAUCUCUGAAUAUUGGACUUGCUUCAUGUUUCACUAUUCUCACAGUUUUUUUCGAAAUUCGAUUCGGUUUUAUAAUUAUAAUACCACUAUCCUACUUGCUCAUUUGUUUUGUAUUACUCAGCUUCCUCUACAAAUUCAAUUUAUCUCAAUUCCACAAAUUGAACAAAUAUCAUAGAGAAGAAUACACUUUGAGCAGAAGAUUUCAACUAAAAGAGAACAUUCGAGUUCUAUCACUUCUCAUGAAAAUGAUCUACGCUGUGAUAAUAUUCAUUGCAAUCAUUGUUGCUGGAUUUACACUUCCCAUCUUUUUUAAUUUUGGUCAUUUGACGAGUGAUUUCAUGAGGACAGUUGUUGAUUUUUGUGUGCAUUGUAAUCCGUGUAUUGUGAUUCCGAUGACAGCAUUUUUCAUCCCUGAAUUCAAAAAACAGGUCAAAGCUUCACUAUGUAAGAGGGUGUCGUUAGGAAGAGGAAGUGUGGAUUCUCACUAUAGAAGUUAUCGGGAAGACUCGAAUCAAGCUGAUGUAUAUUUUGAUCUUUUCAAGAAAACAACCAAAAAAUCAAUUCCUAACAAAACCUUACCAACUCGAUAA